AUGCCACUUUCGGCAAUGCCCGUCGAGCUGAUCGUCGGUGUGGUUGCCUUGCUGCAAGGUCAACUUCGGAUUGUCCAGAUGUCACUUGUCGGCUCGAUCCUGUCGAACCUGCUCCUUGUGCUCGGUCUCAGCUUUUUCGUUGGUGGCAUCUACAAGCCGGAAAACCAAUUCGCUCAGACAGCCGCCCAGGCAUCCGGCUCUAUCAUGACACUUGGCUGCUUCACCAUGGUUCUGCCUGCUGCGUACUGGGGUUCCGUCAAGGGCGGCAGCGGCGACAACUCUGUCCUCAGCGCUCUCUUUACCCGGUCGAAGGAGCAGCCUGUGCCUGCUCCAAACGUCGGUUUCGAUGCUAUGGACGGCAUCCUCUUUAUCUCUCGCGGUACGGCUGUGAUUUUGCUCGGAAUCUACAUUGGCUACUUGGUCUUCCAGCUCCGCACGCACGCAUUCUUGUAUGAAGCUCCUGAACAUGAGCAGAUCGAAGAACAGCAGGAGGAAGUCGAGAUGUCGCCCAAGGCCUCGAUCAUUGCUUUGCUCGUUGUUACGAUCAUCACCUCGUUCAAUGCUGACUAUCUUGUGUCGGCCAUUGAUGACGUUGCGAAUGAGUACAGCAUUUCCAAGGUGUUCAUCAGUACCAUCCUCCUCCCCAUUGUCGGCAAUGCCGCUGAGCAUGUCACGUCUGUGUGGAUGGCGUCCAAAGACAAGAUGGAAAUCGCCCUUAGUGUGUCUGUUGGCAGCUCGGUCCAGAUUUGUCUGGGUCUUGUGCCCCUGCUUGUGCUUGUUGGAUGGUUCGUGGGCCAGCCACUGACGCUGUAUUUCCACGACUUUGAAACCAUCAACCUCGUUGUGUCUGUGCUGCUGGUCAACUCGCUCAUCCAGGAUGGCAAAAGCAAUUACCUGGAAGGUGCCCUUCUCGUGGCUUUGUAUCUUGUGAUUGCUUUGUCGUUCUGGGUCCAACCAUACUGA